AACAUUACUUAUUGAACGGAAAAUGGCGAAUUGUUGUUCAAGUUGUUCGAAGGUGUUGUUGGUGUCAGUCAACGUUUUAGUUGGUCUCCUCGGCCUGGCACUUCUGGUGGGAGGAUGUCUCCUCAAAUUUGGGAGCGGUCUGAUAGAUGUGAACAGUUACAUCGAUAAUACGCUGACUGAAAUUGUCCUCGAUGGUAUUGAACAAUCUAUUUCCGGUAUCCUAGACAACAUCGUCAUCAUCUGCAUCGUGGCUGGAGCGGUCAUCCUCAUCGUUUCGCUUCUAGGUUGCCUGGGCGCAUGUUGUGAAUGGCGAAUUGCUCUGAUUAUUUAUUCUAUCAUCAUAUUCCUUGUGUUGUGUGCUGAAAUAGCUCUUGUCGUCCUGGUGGUACUUUUCAGAACAGAGAUUAGGACUAACCUGAAGACAGCCAUGAACCAGACCAUGUACGAAACGUAUGAUAACAGGGCCGAUAACCCUGUCGUGAUUGGAUGGAAUACACUGUUCUAUAAGUUUGAAUGUUGUGGUGUAGAUAACUAUAUGGAUCUGGUAAAUGCUAAGAACUACACGCCGUCCAAUCCUGACUUUAAGGUCCCCCCAUUCUGUUGUAAAGAUAUCGACUUCGACUACCCGAGGUUGGUUCCACCCUCCGGCGACCCGACAUAUAACUGUUCCAUUUACCCGUCUCCAGACACCUCCAACUAUAUGAAAGGCUGUUUCCAGUCACUACAGGACUUCCUCAGCCUUUACCAGAAUCUGUUCCUCGGUGUGGGUAUCUCUUUAGUAGUUAUAGAGAUUCUUUGUCUGGUGGCAGCAUGCUGUAUCUGUCGUGAACUUCGUGACGGCGGAGGCAAGGCAGUGUGAAAAUGGACAUCGAGACGUCGGAAGUAGGAUAAUGUGAAAGUGGACAUCGUGACGUCGGAAGUAGAACAGUGAGAAAGUGGACAUCGUGACGUCGGAAGUAGGACAGUGUGAGAGUGGACAUCGUGACGUCGGAGGCAGGACAGUGUGAAAGUGGACAUCGUGACGUCGGAGGCAGGACAGUGUGAAAGUGGACAUCGUGACGUCGGAGGCAGGACAGUGUGAAAAUGGACAUCGUGUCGUCGGAAGUAGGACAGGGUGAAAAUGGACAUCGUGACGUCGGAGGCAGGACAGUGUGAGAGUGGACAUCGUGACGUCGGAGGCAGGACAGUGUGAGAGUGGACAUCGUGACGUCGGAAGUAGGACAGGGUGAAAAUGGACAUCGUGACGUCGGAAGUAGGACAGGGUGAAAAUGGACAUCGUGACGUCAGAAGUAGAACGGUGUGAAUGUGGACUUCGUGACGUCGGAAGUAGGAUAGUGUGAAAAUGGACAUCGUGACGUCGGAAGUAGGAUAGUGUGAAAAUGGACAUCGUGACGUCGGCGGCAGGACAGUGUGAGAGUGGACAUCGUGACGUCGGAAAUAGGAUAGUGUGAAAAUGGACAUCGUGACGUCGGAAGUAGGAUAGUGUGAAAAUGGACAUCGUGACGUCGGCGGCAGGACAGUGUGAGAGUGGACAUCGUGACGUCGGAAGCAGGACAGUGUGAGACUGGACAUCGUGACGUCGGAGGCAGGGCAGUGUGAGAGUGGACAUCGUGACGUCGGAAGCAGGACAGUGUGAGAGUGGACAUCGUGACGUCGGAAGCAGGACAGUGUGAGACUGGACAUCGUGACGUCGGAAGCAGGACAGUGUGAGAGUGGACAUCAUGAUGUUGGAGGCAGGAUAGUGUGAACGUGGACAUCGUGACGUCGGAAGUAGGACAGGGUGAACAUGAUUAUCGUUACUCGAAUAAAUGAAGAAAAAUCUUGCGCCAUAAUUCACCAUUUUGGUAUAAAUGAAUUUGCUGUAGCGUGUUAAAGCGUUUGUUUUUAAAGGCAUACUGCUUGCAGCUUAGUCAUUUCACCAGCCUGAUAUUAAUGAUUCUGUGUUGAUACCUAAUCCUUGUCUAAACGUUAUGAUUGCAUUGUUAUGUCAAUUGUAAGGUUGUUUCAUACAUUCUACUGUCAUAGAGGUUGUAAGCAAAUACGUUGUAUAUCAAAACAAUCGAAUUUUGUGAUAAAUGAGGAUAGGAAUGAUUUUAUUGAACUUCUGAUCUGUUGUUUCAGUAAAUGACAAUAUAUUCUAUAUUUACUUUACAAUUGCUAUAUAUUUACUAUGCAGUGACCAUGGAAUGGUAUGUGUUCCGUAUAUGUAGCACAACAGUCACGUCGGUUUCAUAAGCUGAACAAAGUAUCCCAAGAGGUCCAUUAUCAUUUUUGUAUUAAUUUUGUUAAUGUAAAACAAAAUGACUGUGGUCUAAUGUCAAGUUAUCAAAGGUUACUGAGUACUCACUACUGAAGUACUGACAAAUCACGUGAUACAAGGUAAGAUGCAUUAUAAAUCGAAGCAAAGUUUUGCAUUUAAUGUAUUUGAGCGUGUUGAAUAGUUGACGAAAUAAUCACAACUUUGCCAUUUGACAACAUUGUAUUUACAUACUCCCUCAUCUGCCAUUGUUUGAUUUUGUGUUACAUUUCCUAAGAUUUCCUAGUGGUCCAUUCCUACACGAGUACAAUAUUUGGUUUGUAUAUACAUUCUAGGACGUAUAACGAUCCAUUAUACGUCCCUGUUUAUGUUCUAUAAGAACAUGAUUUAUAUUAAGGUUCUAAGAUUCAAAUUAUACUUUUAUAAAUGAAAUCAUUCACUCAUGCAUGCUUUGUCGUGUUUUUAUUACUUAGCGAGUCUGUUAGCGUUGCCAUGGCGAAACUUAAACAUGACUAUUGAACCAAUGAAUAUCAUAGCAAUUAGAACUUUGUCAUGAAACAUU